UUGUCAUUAAUUUGGUUUCAUUGUGCUUGUCAGUGAUUUACUCAUACAGCUUAUACAAACUUCAGAAAUUUGUACCUGGAAUAUUGUGAUCCACAGCAAGUGACAAAGUUAUUUCAAUUCCACCUUUUUUUUUUUUUUUUUUCUUCUAUUUACAAAUCAGUCUAAUAAUUUUGUGUGAAACAAUUUAAUACCGUUUACACAAAGUGUAUACACACAGCAGAAGACGUACGUCAAAAAAGUUAGGUCGUGUAUACCAAAAAUAUAUGUAUAUAUGUUGCGCACAUAUGCUGUGCGCAACUGAUGUGGAACCACUGGAACCAGCCAACCAGUGGAACUGUAGUAAUGUACACGUAGGUACAAGAAUUUUUUUUUUGAGGUUAUUUACACACACAUAGUCCCCUCAACGGCAGUGUGUUACCUAUAAUUAUUCCAGCACUUGAAAAGUUGAAAAUUAAAAAAAUUAAUAAAUGCUGAAACUAUUUCGUGAAAACUCCGAUGAGGAGGAUGACGGGGACGUCGAAAAGUUGAAUACUGAUACAAGUUACGCCAAGAAUUACGACAAUUGGCGGAAGAAAGAGGAAUUGAACAAGCUAAAAACCAAGUACGGCGAGGAUGUUGCUCUGGAUCUCAUGGGUGACGAUGACGAAGACGACGAUGAGUCAAGUUCGUCGAGCGAUGAUGAUGAGGGUGAAGAAAUACCAGAGGAGUUUGAGAAAAGUUUCUACAAAACGCUUGCCUGCUUGAAAAAGAAGGAUCCCAAGAUUUACAAUGAGAACGUCAAGUUUUUCGAUAACGUGACAAUAUCGAAAGAUGAGAGCAAGCCGAAAAAGAAGAAGGAAAAACCGAUGACCUUGCGUGAUUACGAACGUGAGAUAAUAGUGAAAAAGGGCGGAAGGUUGAGCGACAGCGAAGAGGAAGAUGGUGUUCACAAGAGGCCUCGGGACCCGACGUAUGUUCAAGAACAGCAAGCACUGAAAGACAGUUUUAAGAAUGCUCUGAAAGACGAAGAGGGGGAGGAAGAUGAUGAUUUUUUGAAGCCAAAAACGAAGUCGGAGACAGAACAACACAAGGAAGAAGAAGCUUACAAAGAAUGGCUCAAGGGUCAGUCUCGAGAGAUCAAUGAGGAAGAACAGAAGGAACUCAAGUCUCUCAGAGAUUUUUGGAGCGAUCCCAAUUUGGAUAAAGACGAGAAAUUUCUGAGGGAUUACAUUUUAGAGAAAAAAUUCUUGGAUAAUGACGAAAUAAACGCUGAUCUUGAGUACGCUAAGGUGAUUCAUGACUCAGAUGAAAAUUUGUCAGAGGAUGAGAGGAACAUUAAUAAGCAAGAGGAAUUUGAACACAAGUAUAACUUUAGGUUUGAAGAACCUGAUCCAGAUUUCAUCAAAAGAUAUCCUCGUACUUUGGAAGGUACACUAAGAAAGAAAGAAUCAAAGAGAGCAGAUAAACGAGCAGAAGUAAAGGCUAGGAAAGAAAAGGAAAAAAUCCAUAAAAAAGAAGAAUUAAAACAGUUGAAAGCCCUCAAAAGAAAAGAAAUAGAAGAGAAAUUAGAAAAACUAAGAGAAAUCACAGGAAAUGAUGACGUAAAACUUGAUCUAAAAGACCUAGAAGAUGACUUUGAUCCUUUGGAACAUGAUAAAAAAAUGAGUCAGUUAUUUAAUGAUAAUUACUAUGCCGAAGAUGUGGAUGAAAUGAAGCCAGAAUUUCCUGACAUUGACAAAGAACUAGGAGUAGAGAAAAAUUGGGAUUACUAUGAUCCAAACUCUAAAAACAUAGCAGAAUACGAUUCGUAUUACGAGGGAGGAUUGCACUGUGAGGAUCCAGAAUUCAAUAUGGAUGCGGAAUGUGAUGGCCAAAAAAGUGCACACGAUGAAGGGGAAGAGUCCGUUAAGAAGAAGAAACGAAGAAGGCGCAGUAAAUUUGCGGAGAUGAUUGCAAAAGAAAAACCGAAAUUUAAUCCUGAACAGUUUCCUAAGGCUCAAGCAUACUUUGAACAGUAUUACGCUCUUGAUUACGAAGACAUGAUCGAUGACUUACCAUGCAGAUUUAAGUACAAACAAGUUGUGCCAAAUGAUUAUGGACUGUCGAUAGAAGAGAUUUUACUGGCUGAUGACAAGGAAUUAAAUAGGUGGUGUUCUUUGAAACGAGCUUUGCAAUUGAAAGAUGAAGCUUCAGAAUAUAGUGACAUCAAGAGAUACAAACAGAAAGCGGCGAAUGAGGCUUUAAAGAGGAAAUACCUACCAAGUUUGUACAAAUCUGUUGAAAAGGAUGAAGCUAAUGUCAACCAAAAGGAAGAAGUCGAGGAAACUGAAGUGCAAAAAAGUAAGAAGAAAAAACGUAGGGGAAAAAGAAAGCUAGAUGAAAAUGGAGAGGCUAUUAGUGAGAAAAAUACAAGUGAAAAGGUGGAGACUGUGACUCAAGACACCAGUGAAGCAAAUAAUAAAAUUCAAAAUGAAAAAACAGCUACAGAGAUCAAAAACAGCAAAAAGAAACGAAAAUACGAAAAAACUGUAAAUAAAAAUAAUGAGUUUGAAACGCCAUCAGAGAAGAAUGUACCUGAAUCAACGAUGAAUCAAUUAACAACAGAACAAUCAGUUGUCAAUGGUAAAAAAACCCAGAAGAAGAAAGAGAUGAAGGCUUUGUUGGAGCAAGUAGAGUCUACCAACACCAGCGAGCCUCCACAGAAGAAAAAGAAAGAGCAAAACUCUGAGGAUAAAAGUAAUGCAUCUUCAUCAGACAAGCCUCAAGCCAUCAACAAUGUUGAUCAUACUCAAAAGAAGAAAAAAAAGAAGAAAAAGAAGAAUAGUAUUAUUCAAGAGAAAUGUCCAGAACAGAAAAAACUUCAACCAAGCAAAAAGUUUGCAGAGAAAAAUAGUAAGGACAAAGGUGAAGUUUUGAGUAAGAAGCAAAUGAGGAAAGAACUGUUCAAGAAAAAAGCUCAGAAAAAAUUAGAACAAGAGGAGGCUAAGAAGAAUCCAAUACUGCAAUUGAACGACGAAAGAUUUAAGGCUUACGGAAUUAAAAAUCCAAAAAAAUUCAAGGCCAAGCUGAAACACGCUAAUACUCAGAAGUAAGAUGAUUGACUUUAACGUAUAUCGUGUACAAAUGUAAAUGAUUGCGUUUUAAAAAUUGUGUGUUUUUAUUGUUACCAUUCGUGAACAUGCAUUUUACUGUUUAAGUUUACGAAAGGCUGUUUCCGUACCGCAGAU